AUGGAUCCAGCUCAAUUCGGUUACAGCACCCUGCCUAUGCAACAUGCUCCCUACGAGACUAUCUCCCCGGCGACAUUGAAAGACAGCAAUGAAGGAAAGGUUGCUCUCAUCACAGGUGCUGGUCAAGGUAUUGGAGCUGCUAUUGCUGAAGCACUCGCCAAAUCUGGCGCAAACGUCGCCAUUCUCGAUCUGAAUACCGACAAACUGGUCAAGACGAAAGAAGCAUGUCUUCAGCACGGCGGCAAAGUUGCAGACUUUGCCUGCGAUGUGACAAACGAGCACAAAAUUAAAGAAGUCAUCGAUGCGGUGGAGAAGCAGCUCGGUCCAAUCGAUGUGCUGGUCAACAAUGCUGGCAUCUUCGAUCAACGGCCGUUCAUCAUGUCGACUUUUGAUGGUUUUUGGAGACAAAUUGAAGUCAACUUCAAAGCACCGCUCAUGCUGAUUCACCAAAUGCUUCCGCGUAUGCGGGAGCGUGGCGGUGGGUGCAUCAUCAACAUUGCGUCGCGUUCGGGCACUGUGGAUGUUCCCAUGACCUUGGGUUAUGUGUCGUCGAAAGCUGCGUUGAUCAGGGCGACCCACACUUUGCAGAAAGAAAUGGAACUCGAUGGACUGGAUCCAGCGAUACACAUGUAUGCGCUACACCCCGGUGGUGUCAGAUCCGCCAUGGGCGGCGCCGGAGUGGCGGAUGAUGUCAGGGCAAAGUACGGCCGUGACAUAACGGACGAAGAGUUUUUCAAGCAUCUAUUCAAGGACGGGCCAUCAUUGUGUGGGCAGACUUGCGCAUGGCUAGCAUCUGGGAGAGGCAAAGAGUUGCGAGGUUUAUUUUUAGACUGUCGCCAAGACGUUGCAAAGCUUCUUGAGAUUGGUCGCAAGACAUUGCUCAAGGAGAAUCGCAACACUUUGACGGUAAACUUCAUUGAUGGAUACUGUAACGAGCCGUAAACUCCACGUCUAGCGAAUACAAAACCCAUGUCUGCGGACUGAAAGGUUCGUGGUGGCCC